AUGUCUAAAGCUGUUGGUAUUGAUUUAGGUACUACCUAUUCGUGUGUUGCCCAUUUUGCAAACGAUCGCGUUGAGAUUAUCGCAAAUGACCAAGGUAAUAGAACAACGCCCUCUUAUGUUGCAUUUACCGAUACUGAAAGAUUGAUUGGUGAUGCAGCAAAGAAUCAAGCCGCUAUCAAUCCUCAAAACACUGUUUUUGAUGCCAAGAGAUUGAUCGGUAGAAAAUUCGAUGAUCCUGAAGUGGUCAACGAUGCCAAGCAUUUCCCUUUCAAGAUUGUCAAUCGCGAAGGUAAGCCCGUCGUUUCAGUGGAGUAUAAAGGUGAGACAAAGACUUUCACUCCGGAAGAAAUAUCUUCUAUGGUGCUUGGUAAGAUGAAGGAAACUGCAGAAGGGUUUUUGGGCACGUCUGUAAAUGACGCUGUCGUCACCGUCCCUGCAUAUUUUAACGACUCUCAAAGACAGGCCACUAAGGAUGCCGGUACUAUUGCAGGUUUGAACGUUUUGCGUAUAAUUAAUGAGCCUACAGCUGCUGCAAUUGCCUAUGGUUUGGACAAAAAGGGCAGAAGCGAGCAUAAUGUUCUAAUCUUUGAUCUCGGUGGUGGUACUUUUGAUGUCUCUUUGUUGUCGAUCGAUGAAGGUAUAUUUGAAGUUAAAGCAACGGCUGGUGAUACUCACUUGGGUGGUGAAGAUUUUGACAACAGAUUGGUGAACCAUUUGGCCAAUGAGUUUAAGAGAAAGAAUAAGAAGGACUUGUCUGGUAACCAAAGGUCUUUGAGAAGACUAAGGACCGCUGCAGAAAGAGCUAAGAGAGCAUUGUCUUCGUCAUCUCAAACUUCCAUUGAAGUAGAUUCAUUAUUCGAAGGUGUUGACUUUUACACUUCAUUAACAAGGGCAAGAUUUGAAGAAUUAUGUGCAGAUUUAUUCAGAUCUACUUUGGAUCCUGUCGAAAAAGUUUUGCAAGAUUCCAAACUAGAUAAGUCACAAAUUGACGAAAUUGUGCUUGUCGGUGGUUCAACCAGAAUUCCAAAGAUUCAAAAAUUGGUUUCUGAUUUCUUCAACGGUAAGGAGCCAAAUAGAUCAAUCAAUCCGGAUGAAGCUGUCGCGUACGGUGCUGCAGUUCAAGCUGCAAUCUUGACUGGUGACCAAUCAUCAAAGACUCAAGAUCUUCUAUUAUUGGAUGUUGCACCGUUAUCCAUGGGUAUUGAGACUGCAGGAGGUAUAAUGACAAAACUGAUUCCAAGAAAUUCAACUAUCCCAACGAAGAAAUCCGAAACCUUCUCGACAUACGCAGAUAAUCAACCAGGUGUUUUGAUUCAAGUUUAUGAAGGAGAAAGAACAAGAACCAAGGAUAAUAAUUUAUUGGGUAAGUUUGAACUGGCUGGUAUCCCACCUGCUCCAAGAGGUGUUCCACAAAUCGAAGUUACUUUCGAUAUCGAUGCUAAUGGUAUCUUGAACGUUUCUGCUGUCGAAAAAGGUACUGGUAAGUCAAGUAAGAUUACUAUAACGAACGACAAGGGUAGAUUAUCAAAAGAAGAUAUCGAAAAGAUGGUCUCCGAAGCUGAAAAGUAUAAAGCAGAAGAUGAGAAAGAAUCCGAACGUGUUCAAUCAAAGAAUCAACUAGAAUCUUAUGCUUUCAGUUUGAAGAAUUCUGUCAAUGAAGCAAGUUUCAAAGAAAAAGUUGGAGAAGAAGACGCAAAGAAAGUCGAAACUGCAGCACAAGAAACUAUUGAUUGGCUAGAUGCUUCUCAAGCUGCUUCAACAGAGGAGUACAAAGACAGGCAAAAGGAAUUGGAAGCCACCGCUAAUCCAAUCAUGAGUAAAUUCUAUGGUGCAGCUGGCGGUGCAGGAGGUGUACCAAACCCAGGUUCAAUGCCAGGCGCAGGACCUACUCCGGGACAAGGCCCAGCUGGUGGAGAAUCUGGUCCAUCUGGUCCAACUGUUGAAGAAGUCGAUUAA